AUCAGUAGUGAGUACGUAGCAGCACGUAGUAGAUUAAAAAUUGAUUUACCCUCGAAAACAUUUCCCUGAGCAGGGAUAGUCAUCCCUCAUAACCACCGAGACCUACAUUUGUUGAUUAAUUACCAAUUUGUAGCAAUUGCUAAUUAAUAUCGAAAUGAAGAGAAAAGAGGACAGAGCAGAAAGCGCAUUAUCAGCAAGUAAACACACCAUCUGGAUUAAGCUUGCCCUAGCAGCUAUUGUCCUGAUAAUCUUCCUGGAUUUGCCAGUUCUGUGCCAAUCCCAGGCUCACCACCAUCAUGACCACGAUCACCAUCAUCACCACGAUGAGCCAGCGAGCUUCAAGUACUCGAAACAGGCGAAUGAAAAUUUUGAGCACGUGAAGCAUCCACACAAUCUUCCUUAUAUGGAGGCUCAUGAUUACGAGCUACUCAAAGAGGAGGCCAAGCGUGAACAACAGGGCAGUAUCAUGCUGAAGGCCAUGGGCUCAACUCUGCUGAUUUCAGCGGCUCCUUUUGUUCUCCUGUUCUUCGUUCCUCUGGACAACACCAAGGAACGUGAGCCUCUGCUGAAGAUUCUCCUGAGCUUUGCCUCUGGGGGCCUCUUGGGAGACGCCUUUCUUCAUCUCAUACCUCAUGCACUGCUUCCCCAUUCUCAUGGAGCGGAUGGACACGAUCAUGGACAUGAACAUUCCCACGGACAUGAUCAUGAGCAUCAUGGCCAUGAUAUGACUGUUGGACUCUGUGUUCUCCUGGGGAUCAUUGUCUUCCUCGUGGUGGAGAAGGGCAUCAGGUUGAUCAAGGGGGAUCACUCACACUCUCACAGUCAUGCUGGGAAGGAGGAGAAGAGCAAGAAGGAUAAGGGAAAGAAGGAGGAGAGUGUAGCUCCUGCUGGAGAAAUUAAAAUUGCUGGGUACCUGAAUCUUGCUGCUGAUUUUCUUCACAAUUUCACGGAUGGCCUUGCCAUCGGGGCCAGCUAUCUCGCUGGGGAGAGCAUUGGAUAUAUCACCACAGUCACCAUUCUUCUUCAUGAAGUGCCACAUGAGAUCGGGGACUUCGCUAUUCUCAUUCAGAGUGGAUGCAGCAAACGAAAGGCGAUGCUGCUGCAAUUGACAACAGCCGUUGGAGCUCUCUGUGGCACUUAUGUGUCCCUCCUUGCUGAAGGAAUGGGGGAUUUAGCAACAGCUUGGAUACUCCCCUUCACAGCAGGAGGUUUCAUCUAUAUCGCGACGGUGUCAGUGAUCCCAGAAUUGCUAACAGACACAAAAUUCUGGCAAUCCUUGAAGGAAAUAAUCGCUCUUCUCCUAGGGGUUUACAUGAUGGUGCUAAUAGCUCAAUACGAGUGAAUGAAAUGUUCGAUUGAGAAUGAAUCAUCGAAUCGUACAGGAUUGAACAGCCUGUGAUAAUUUUCUAUUGUAAUAUAUUUACAAAGUCCUUCGCCUCAUCAAUUCCCAGGAGGAAUCGUAUUUUUGUAAGGAAAUAGGUUUAGAUCAUUCUUGUUUACAUUUCUGUUCUGUCAUUUUUUGUUACAAUUUGCCUCCUGGAAUUUUCACUAUCGAUUUAUGACAUCAGCCUAGAUUUUUCCCACUGUAAAUGUCGUCAUUAUUGACUCAAUAAUUUUUUCACUUCUUCGAGACAAGCGUUCGCUUGCUCCUGGCACUCUAUAUCAUUGUUUUUCUUAGCUAACUCCAGUCCCGUGUGACAGGCGUCGCGUGCCUCGUUGUACAAAUUUUUCUUCAGGUAAACGUUGCCCAUGUUUACGUGAAUUGAACUUAAGUCUGACAUUUCAGGUAGUCGUUGUCCUAUUUAAUGCAUAAAAUGCAUUAAUUAUCAUGUAAUUAUUGAAUUAAAUGACAUAAGGAAUUGGAUUAAUCAAUUAAAUACUUAGUGCAAUCAAAGAAAAUGAGAUUAAUUCCAAGCAUUAAUUCAUACGAAUAGGUACUUGAAUGAAUUAAUUCUUGCCCAUUCCAUCUGAUAGAAUAAGUUAAUAAAAGGGAAUAAAAUGAAAAAAUUGUUGCGAAAGAACCCAAAACAACUUGAAUUCGUAACGUGAAUUUACCAAUUAAUAUUGCGUCGGACAGAUGUCCCAGUGCCUGCUCGUACUCCCCCAGAAGGCAGUAGACAGUUCCCAAAUCAUUGAGGAGAACGACUGUCUGGUGGUGCUCAUCUCCAUGGACUUGGUGGCAUAAUUUGUGAGCCUGUUGGUAGCAUUUUAAGGCCUCAUUCAGCCGGGACUGAGAGAGAAGCAUUUUGCCGUACCAGUCGAGGGUCAUCCCCCAGAGGAGGAGGACAUCCUCGUCCUCUGGGGUCUCCUUGGCUCGAUCCAAAAUGUGCUUGAGACAGAAGGUGUAACCGUCCUCGGCUUUGCUGCAGCAAUGAAAUGCUUUUAUUUGGCAUUUUUUUUGCAUCACGUAAAAACACUUCUCACACAUGUCUAAUUGGAAUAAAAUCAAAAAGAAAGAGCAACAAGAAAGUAAAAUAGCAAAAUGGCAACCCACCGCUUACCCAGGUUCUCCACUCAUCUCGUACAAUUUUGCGAGCUUCAGACUAAUGUGGAUCAUCUUCAUGUCACCCUCAGUUGUUCCAGUCGACAUGAGUCGCUGCAUCACAGAAAUAAACAGUUUUUUCGCCUUCUCCACUUCUUGAACUUGGAACGCCAAAUUUGCCAUUACGUCGUAGACAUACGUUAUUCCGUCGAAGUGCUGGAGAGUUUGGGCCUGGCGGAGGGCGACGUGGAGCAUCUGCUCAGCUUUUUUAAAUUCACCGUUCUAGAAUUGCAGGUCAAUUAACAAUUAGAUAUGUUCAUCUCCUCAAAUCUGAUUAAUUUUACUCAAAACAUAUUGAAAAUGAAGAAGCCUAAUCUCUAAUUGAGAUUUUCUUGCAAAAAAGGUCCUGAGAAAUGUUGACGAUCUCCUUUGCCUUCAGAUAUUUCUAAACUCUCGACUGAUUAAAUUUUAAUCUUGCGAUUACUUGAAUGAGCAAAAUGGAACGUUUGAUGGUGGUGAUAAGUUCAGGCUCCAGUUCCUCCUCUUCCUUCUCAAACCCGAGGAAGCCCAAAAGACUGAAUCCUACGACAAUCGUCCCUUUGGACCCCGCCGUAUCUUUGUGAGAAUGGAAACGUCUAACAGGAGCUCUGAUAACCGAAGGAUUUACUCUUCGUACCAUGAGAUAAAUCGCCUGCAGUCCUCUCCUCCCCAACAUCAUUAUUCAUAUGAGUCUCUAUAUAACCUGAAA